AAGCAUUUCCGGGUGAACCAAGAUGGCGGCUCCCAUAGUGUAGCGUGUAUAAGAGUGUAGCGAAACGAGAUGCCAGGAAAGUCCGAUAUGAUGGGGGUAAAGCCGGCCGCGGUGCCAGGGAAAGCUAAACCGACCGGAGGCUCCAGUCUCACACUGUUUGUUCGCGGUCUGCCCGCCGAGGCCACCAAUGAGCGACUGGAGGAGCUAUUUAGCGAGACCGGCCCGGUCAGGCAGUGCUUCGUGGUGCGGGAGAAAGGUGCUGAAAAAUGCCGUGGAUUCGGGUAUGUUACUUUUUCUAUGCUGGAGGACGCUCAGAGAGCGAUGAAAGAGGUCAAAGAGUAUGAUGGGAAGAAAAUCGAAGUCAUGGCGGCCAAAAAGAAACUGCGAGACAAAGAUAAGAAAACGAAAAGUAAAGAAUCUUCUGAUCCUCCUAAGAAAGAGCAGAAUCUUAAACAAAAGACGCUUUGGCAGAAGAAGGCCCGGCUGAUCAUCCGUAACCUGAGCUUUAAGUGCUCGGAAGAAGAUCUCAAGAAUCAUUUCUCUAAAUUUGGUUCCGUCCUAGAGGUCAGCAUUCCAACCAAGCCAGAUGGGAAGAUGAGAGGUUUUGCCUUUGUGCAGUUUAAGAACAUGAUGGAGGCCGGUAAGGCUCUGAAAGGCACCAACAUGAAGAGUAUAAAAGGUCGGACUGUUGCUGUGGAUUGGGCAGUUGCGAAGGAUAAAUACACUGCUGCUCAGGGGGCCCCGGAAACAGGUACAAAGGAAACUACUGAAGGUUCUGAUGCAGCUGAUGAUCAGAGCGAUGAUGAAUCUGAGCCAGACAAUGAGGAGGAGGCAGAUGGGUCUGAGAGUGACAAUGAGGAGGAGGCAGAUGGGUCUGAGAGUGACAAUGAGGAGGAGGCAGAUGGGUCUGACCCAGAGGAUGAGGAUGGAGAAUCAGAAGAGGAGAAGAAACCAGUUAAGACAGGACCUAAAGUCCAGGAGAAACCAAAGAAAUCGUCAGCUCCAGAGAUUACUAGCAGUGACGAUGACGUGUCUGCAGACUCCGGGCAGGAUAGUGAUGAUGAGCAGGACUCGGAGGACUCUGACAGUGAGGAGAAGGUUAAAAAAACUGACCCAAAGAAAAAACGCAAACUGCCGUCUGAUGUCAACCAGGGCAAAACGUUAUUCAUCAGAAAUCUUUCCUUUAACUCAGAAGAGGAAGAUCUUGAGGAGCUGCUUCUGGCUUUUGGUAACAUUAAAUAUGUCAGAAUAGUUGUACACCCUGAUACGGAGCAUUCCAAAGGCUGCGCCUUUGUGCAGUUUGUGGAUAAAGAGUCAACUGAGAAGUGCCUGACUGCUGCCAGUGACCAGUCUGAGAAUGGUGGUCUAAAGCUGGACGGCAGGAGGCUAAUUGUAAAUAUGGCGGUUAGUCGGGAGGAGGCUGGGAAACUACGAACUGAAAAGAAGGUGAAGAAGCCAACUGGUACCCGGAACCUGUAUCUAGCCAGAGAAGGAUUUAUUCGUGAAGGAACUAAAGCCGCAGAAGGGCUGAGUGCUGAAGAUCUGGCCAAAAGGGCUCGGUUUACAGAAACGAAACGGGAGAAACUAAAGUCUCACAACAUUUUCAUCUCCAAGACCCGUCUGUGCGUCCACAACAUCCCCAAAUCGGUGGAUGACCAGAAGCUACGGCAGCUGUUCCUGAGUGCGGCUAGUGGUGGGCGCAACGUAAAGAUAAAGGAGAGCCGUGUGAUGCGGGAUAUGAAAGGCGUGGGAGGAAACAUUAAGGGGCAGUCCCUGGGUUACGGCUUUGUCGAGUUUCUUGAACAUGAACACGCCCUAGCAGCUCUUCGCCAUGUCAACAACAAUCCGGAUAUCUUUGGACCCCAAAAAAGGCCAAUCGUGGAGUUCUCACUGGAGGAUAUGAACAAGCUGAAGAUUAAGCAGAGGAGACAGCAGCGCAGUCUGGAAGUGCUGAGAAUGAAGGAAGUGAAGGCUUUGACAGCUCAGGGAACGCAGCAAGUGAUGGGAAAUCCCAAGAAGAAUAAACAGAAGAAGGCGGGAGCCCCCUCAACCACAGCCCCUUCAGAGAAAAAGGGUGCCCAGAACACUACAAAUAAAGCUAUGUCCUCAAUCAACAAGCCACAAGCGGCCACAGCUGUAAAGGGGCCCAUCAAGAGGGUACAGUCAGAGACCACAGAAGCCCAGAAAGACCCUAAAAGAGCCAAGGCAGACACCACCGAGCAGCCAGGACAGUCCCCGGGUCCAUCAGAUUGGAUACCAUGGUCUGGAUUUAGGACUAAGGAGGAGAUUGAAGAGGAGGAGCUUCCAGAUGGGACGAAGAAAAAGAGGAAGGUCCUGCCCUUGCCUUCCCGUCUGGGCCCUAAAAUCAGAGCCCGUGACAAGGCCAAAGUUCAGCAGCGGCCCUUAAAGAAACCCAAGGGGCCUAGUCGGAAGCAAAGACGUCAGAUAAUGGUGGCGACUAAACAGGUUACUGCCAAGAAGCCGCAGAGCAAGCGCAAUGCAGAAUCGCACUUUAACCACCUGGUGGAGCAAUACAAGCGCAAGAUUAUGGGGAAGCCAACCGCCUCAGCACCAGUGAAACGGAGCAAAUGGUUUGAUGACUGAGAUCUCCCACCUCUCACAUCCCUGAUGCCCCUUUUCAUGGGAUUCUUAGUAACGACCAAUAGUAUUGUGUGUAGCCCUCUCCGGACCACCCCAGCGUCAAACUGACUUUUUCAUACCGCGCAGAUUUAUUCAGAGCACUAAUCUGAGUCAUAACAAACUACAACUACAAACAUCUACGGUUUUUCAUCUGGUCAGCAAGGUAUUAUGUCCUAACCAGUGAGGCGAGGGUGACCCGUGUGCUGCUGGCAUUUUACGUGUAUUAUAUUCUCUAUUCCCACUUGGAAUGUUUUUAUUGACAGUAAAAGCAACAUCGGACCUUGGAUUUAACCCCUUAGCUCCAGUGACAAUUUGAAUAGCCGUGUAGCCAGGGGCUUAGUCAGCUGGGCAAGCUUGCAGUGGGUUCUUUCUGUAGUGAAUGGGUUAAUGAGCUGCCUCAUUGAGACCGAUCAUAUCUUUGAGAAGAGCAGCGAGAUGUCAGCUGCAUUUGUGGUUUGUAUAAUCCGAGAGUUCCAGCUUCAAAUGCACAGUAGAUGCACCUGACCUUCUGACAGGAAGUGACAUCACAUUUGUAUCGCUGAAGUAACGUUAAAUGGGCGGUGCAGAGCAGCUGCAACUGGGUUAAGCUUCUUGCCCUAUAUUUUAUAGUAAUGUAAAAAGGUUUUAUACAGUUUAUCAGACAGUUGCGUUUUCAUUUUGUUUCCCUGUUGAAGCAUCUCAUGUUUGUUGUAAUUUGUAUCGUGUGAUUGCAUCAGGUUUUAUUGUACAUCUAAUGUUGCCAGAUCUGUGUGAAACUUCCAUUACCAUUAAACCAUCAAGGGAACAAAACAUUUUA